AUGUCGGAUGUGUCGAACUCCUUCUCAGCUUGGGAGACCCUGCCGGAGGACGAACCUCCGCUGUGCAUCGCAGUUCGACGCCCAGUGUCACCUCCACGCCACUAUGAGGCGGACACCAAACAGGACCUAGUACCAACAAAGCUCGCUCCAGGCAGCUUCAUUGGUAACCAAUUAUUCAAUUUUCGCCAUUCAAAUCUCCUGCCUCUUUUCAACGAAGCACUUAAAAAUAUUCAAGAUAUGGCGGAGAAAAACUCAACUAUAAUCUUUCCAUUUCCAAUUGAUUUGCUCAGCUCGUUCCUGCAUCGGCCGUCAGUAAAGCCUGAGAGUUGUUUGCCGUCAACGAUGCUUCCACACUCAUCAAAAACUCAUAAUUGCUAA